CGCCUUGUCUGCCUGCAAGAAACGCGAAUCUCUCUUUCUCUCUCUUCUUUCUCUCUCAUCCCCGAUACCCAAAAUCGAACUGAGAAAACAAAACCACUCAAAAAAACGGAUCCAAGAGAACAAAAUACGAAUAACAGAAAACCCUAGCCGCGAACCCCCCUUUACCUUAUCCCUCCCUAGACACACCCUCCCUCUCUCUAGAGUCGCGCACUCUCUCUCCGAGCAAGUCGAUUAGGAAUAAAUUAGGACUAGGGUUAGAGUUAGGGUUAGGGUUCUAUUGUCAUGGAAUGCGGAGGUGGUGGUGGUGGUCGAGAGUGGUGGAGGCGAUGACCGGAGUCCGAUGUCACCGGCAGAGGAAGAUGAUGGGCAGGGGUGCGGACGGAGGUUGCGGCACAGAGGAGAAGCCUGGCCCAAUUUUUAGGGUUCCGACCACAUUUCCGGCGAAACAGCCGCCGGACGUUGAUAAAUUAGCGGCAGCAGAUGUAGAUUUUUAUACGCAGGCUCGCAAGGCGCUCUCUGAUCGUUCCCCUUUCGAUUCUGAGGAUGGUCAGGUCUCUACUAUCACCACUCUUCCUUGUGGGUUAGCCAGUUUUCUGCUAAAGCAUUCAGAUAGUCGGAAGCGGCACAAGAAGUCCCAUUCGGGUGUUGAAGCAAAGUCGUCGAAGGCGGGCAGGGCAGAUAAAGUUCGGGGGUCGAACACUUGGGUUGAGACUGAGGAGUACUUCAGAGAAUUGACAGUAGACGAUAUUGAAAAGUUGUAUGAAGUGUCUUCUUUUGGGUUUUCAGCUACUCAAAAGUGUUUUUUGAUUCCAUUAUUGGGAAAUGAUUCUCGGGAUAGUAUUGGGAAUGAUGACAUUGCCAAUGGGACGAAUGGGGCAAAUGGUGGGAUCGCAAAUGAGGAGGUUAAAGAAGAGGAGGUUAAAGAAGAAGAGGUUAAAGAAGAGGUUGAGCAGUUUAUGGAAGUUGAUAGUGUAGGAGCUAAUGUUUUGAAUCAAGAAGACAAGGGAUAUUCUUCUCUGUCGCAGUCAGCAACGUGUACCAGUGGUGUAGAGUGGCUUUUAGGUUCUAGGAGUAAGAUAUAUCUCACCUCUGAGCGGCCUUCUAAGAAACGGAAACUUUUGGGUGGAGAUGCAGGUUUAGAAAAACUUCUUGUUGCAGGUCCAGUUGAAGGGUCUUCUUCUUUGUGCCAAUAUUGUAGCAGGGGUGAUUCAGGUGACCAGUUGAACCGCUUGAUUGUUUGUAGCUCUUGUAAUGUGGCAGUUCAUCAGAGGUGCUAUGGUGUGCAACAUAACAUAGUUGAUUCUUGGUUGUGUUAUUGGUGUAAGCAGAAGAGCGAAGUCCACAGCGCUGACAGGCCCUGUUUGCUAUGCCCAAAGCAGGGUGGUGCUUUGAAACCUGUCCGCAAGAAAGGUGUUAUAAGCGAAAAUGGCAGGAGUCUGGAGUUUGUUCACUUGUUUUGUUGUCAGUGGAUGCCUGAAGUGUACAUAGAGGAUACGAGGACAAUGGAGCCAAUAAUGAAUAUCGAGGGAAUAAAGGAAACUAGGAGAAAAUUAGUAUGUUAUUUAUGCAAGGUGAAGUUUGGCGCCUGUGUUCGGUGCAGUAACGGAACUUGCAGGACUUCAUUUCAUCCUAUAUGUGCAAGGGAGGCAAGACACAGAAUGGAGAUUUGGGGAAAAUUUGGAUGCGAUGAUGUUGAAUUACGGGCUUUUUGCUCAAAGCACUCAGAAGUUCAGAGUAGUGGUAGCACCCAACAAGCAGGAGACCUGUCUAUGGCGGUUGGCUCUAAUUCCUUAGCUGUGGAACAUCAAGCACUGACUUCAACAGUGAGCAAAUCGCACAAGUUAAAACUUGGCCGAAAAAAUGGAGAUAAAAUGGCUAUCCACGUUGAAAAAACUGAUACUAAUAUUAAUGAGUUGGGUGAUGGACUGUUGCAUGAAAAAAGACCGUUGGAUAAUGGAACAAAUUCCAAACUUCAGUCAGAAUGUGGCGAUGGUCAGCAACGUGUUAAUAUGUUGACAGUAGAGGGGAAUAAUGGUGAAGAUGUUGACACAUCUGACUCCGUGGAUUUCGUUCUGAUUCUAAAGAAGUUGAUUGAUCGAGGAAAAGUCAAUGUAAAGGAUGUUGCCUCAGAUAUUGGCUUUUCACCUGAUUCAUUGGCAUCGAUGCUUGCUGAUGGUCAGUUGGUCCCUGACAUGCGUUGCAAAAUAGUCAAAUGGCUAAAAAAUCAUGCUUAUAUUGGUACUUUACAGAAAAAUCUGAAAGUUAAAAUUAAAUCCGCGCCUGUGUCCAAGGAUGAGAUGGGAGUCACUGGUGAUUCUGAUGCUAUUACAGUAUCAGAGUCAGAUAUCUCUGAUGUUCGUGUUAAAUCUGUACCACCUCGUAGAAGAACCAAAAGCAACAUCAGGAUUUUUAAGGAUAACAAAGUUAUAUGCUCAUCUAAGGAAAUGGUCAGUGAUGAUGGAAUAGUGACAGAAGAGGUCAAAAAAGAUCAAAUUGUCAGUGAAAACCCAGAUUAUUCAAGUAAAGAAUCUGUUCCUGAUGCUACUGACAAGAUUUUGGUUGAGCCUGUUGAGAUUGACGAUACUUUGGUAAACAAUCAAUCACUGCCUACAGUAGAGGAGGCUACAUCCUAUGAGCAGAAUGCCACUGAGAAUCUAAAUCCAGAAAAUUCCAACGUUAUUACAAAUCACAUCCCUGAUGUCAUAAAAGCAGCAGAGUCUAGCUCUUACAUUCAUCCACUUAUCCACAACAAAUUGUUGCAGAUGCAGAAUGGGUUUCUUUCAGAUUACACAACUUGCGAGUUUGAGGGUGCAAGGAACCCAGAAAUCUAUCCUUUGGAGGCAUCUUCCAGCUCUGGCAUUUGUUGUGACCACCAAAAUCAAUAUUCAACUUCUGCAGACACGAUCUCUAAAUUAGAUGGAGUGAAUUUAGAACAUUUGGUGAAGGCCAGGAAUAUGGGAAUUUUAGAAUUGUCCCCGGAAGAUGAAGUUGAAGGGGAGCUUAUAUUUAACCAGUCUAGGCUACUUUACAAUGCGGUUGCAAGAAAGCACUAUAGUGAUGAUUUAAUUUGCAAGGUUGUGAAUAGUCUACCGCGGGAAAAUAAUGAUGUAGGGAAGCAAAAAUGGGAUUCUGUACUAGCUAACCAAUAUCUUUGUGAGCUUAGAGAAGCAAAAAAACAGGGAAGAAAAGAAAGACGGCACAAAGAAGCCCAGGCUGUGCUUGCUGCUGCAACUGCUGCCGCAGCAGCGUCCUCUAGGAUUUCAUCAUUCAGGAAGGAUACCCUUGAAGAAACUGCUCACCAAGAGAUGCCACGAGCAGAGGAAACACCUUCAAGGUUGGCUGUUGCACGUGUUUCAUCAGAAAAGAAUUCCGAAAUUGUCCAGUCUACCUCAGAAUUCUUUAGAGAACAUCCUAGAACUUGUGACAUAUGCAGGCGGUCUGAGACAGUUUUGAAUCCAAUUUUAGUCUGUUCGGGUUGCAAGGUUGCAGUUCACUUGGAUUGCUAUCGUAGUGCUAGAGAUUCUACAGGUCCAUGGUACUGUGAAUUAUGUGAAGAUUUAUUGCCAUCUAGAUGGGCUGGAACUCCAGCUGUCAAUUCUUGGGAGAAGCCUUAUUUUGUUGCGGAAUGUGGUUUAUGUGGUGGCACUGCUGGUGCAUUUAGAAAGUCAACUGAUGGUCAAUGGAUCCAUGCCUUCUGUGCUGAGUGGGUGUUAGAAUCAACAUUCAGACGAGGACAAGUGAAUCCUGUUGAAGGAAUGGAGUCCGUCUCUAAGGGGAGUGAUGUUUGUCACAUCUGCCGUCGCAAACAAGGUGUCUGUGUAAAGUGUAAUUAUGGCCACUGUCAGAGCACUUUUCAUCCCUCUUGUGCUAGAAGUGCUGGCUUCUACAUGAAUCUGAAGACUGGUGGUGGCAAAUUUCAGCACAAGGCUUAUUGUGAAAAGCAUAGCUUGGAGCAGAGAGCAAAGGCCGAGACUCAAAAACAUGGAAUAGAAGAGUUGAAGAGCCUUAAGCAAAUUAGGGUUGAAUUGGAGAGAUUACGUCUUCUUUGUGAAAGAAUCAUCAAACGGGAGAAAUUGAAGCGUGAAUUGGUCCUCUGCUCACAUGGUGUACUUGCUUCAAAUAGAGACUCUGUUGCUUUGUCUGCACUUGUUCGUAGUCCUUUCUUUCAGCCUGAUGUUAGUUCAGAAUCAGCUACGACAUCCCUGAAAGGGCAUACAGAUGGUUACAGAUCAAGUAGUGAAGCAAUGCAAAGAUCUGAUGACAUAACUGUAGACAGCACAGUUUCAGGUAAGCGUCGAAUUAAGUUUUCAAUGGCAAUGGACAAUGAUCAGAAAACAGAUGACAGCUCCACAUCACAACAUCUAUUUAUGCCAAGACCUAAAGAGAGAGCAUCAUUUUCUGGGAAGCAAAUUCCGCAUAGACCUUCAUCUGCUGCAUCACGGAAUCUUUCGGAUGAUGGGGAAAGGAGGUCGAAGUCCAGAAAGUACACUGAAACAUUUGAAAAAGAGCUUGUAAUGACGUCAGAUCAAGCAUCAAUGAAGAAUCAGCGGUUACCUAAAGGAUUUGUUUAUGUUCCUAUUCGAUGCCUUUCAAAGGAGGAGACUGUCCCAGACGCAUGUUCUAGAGAACCAUUGGAUGGGGAUGGGUAGACCAACAACAUAUCCUUUUGGGGGUCUGAUUACACCGUUGGAGGCCAACAACCAUCUAUCGUGGAUGUGUUUCUACCUGGACACUGCCAUACAUUUCUUAUUAUAACGUUGAAGAGAAUGGCAGACUUUAUGCCGAGAGUGUCCCAGCCAGCGCAUCCUUAUUACGGGUAAGUUGGUUUGGGUACGAAAGUUUUGGUAGCAUUGUUGUAUAUUCAUUGUGAGAGCAAAGUGUACAGUGGGUUAGGGUUUGUUACCAUUGCAUGUAUUUUCAAGUGGCUCAAAUUGCGUCCUCUUGAUGUUUGUUUCUUCUGGUUGAAGGGCAAAGCAGAAGCUCCGCUUCUUGUAAUCGUAUACUGAGAGUUAGAAGGUAUUGCCUACUGUGCAGGGGCUGUAAAGUUAUUGUAUAUAUCUUACAAUGUCAAUUCGCAAUUGUAGGCAGCAUCAGAUUAGUAAAGAUCAUUAAUUAUUUGUCAA